AACAAAGCGGCCCGGGGGGCUGAUGGAGGGCCUGGGGGACACGUGAGCACGAAGGAGCGCGUGCCCGCCGUCCUUUGUCCCGAGGAUCGAACGGAACCGGAUUCUGGGAUGAACCCCGCAGAGGCGGCCGAGGAGGCGCCCAGCGACCCCGAAACUGAUGCCUUCUACAAAACAGGCUCCUUCAGGACUGAGGGCAUCAAGGCCUCUGAUGUUCUGCCCAUGCUGAAGGAGAAAGUCGCCUUCGUGUCGGGUGGGAGGGACAAACGAGGAGGACCGAUCCUCACAUUUCCUGCUCGGAGCAACCAUGACCGAAUAAAACAGGAAGACCUUAGGAGGCUUGUCACCUACCUGUCCAUUGUGCCCAGCGAGGACGUCUGCAAACGAGGCUUCACCGUCAUCCUGGACAUGCGUGGCUCCAAGUGGGAGCUGAUCAAGCCUCUGCUCAAGACGCUGCAGGAGUUCUUCCCUGCAGAGAUCUGCGUGGCACUCAUCAUCAAACCAGACAACUUCUGGCAGAAACAGAAGACGAACUUUGGCAGUGCAAAGUUUUCCUUUGAG